AUGUUUCUCUUGGUGUUUGCUGUGUUCUGCGUUUCGUGGCCUCUGGUGGAUCCAACAAGCAACAAAAUUGACUGUGAUACAAAGCCAAACAAUAACUCGUGUAAUCAGGUAUCAUGUGCAGAAACCCCUUGCACAAUGCAAUGUGGACUAGAGACCCAUAAUCAAUAUGACUCAUGUCGUCAGAUUUGUCUUCCAAGCAGGUGUGAUGCUCUUGAAUGUCGCGCUUCGGAAUACUGCUUACAGUUAUGCUCACUGAGCAACUGUGGGUCCUUAACCUGCGAUGCGAUGGCCUGCGAUCAGUCGUGCUACAUGGGGAACUGCAGUAGUCUUACAUGUGGUAAGACCUCUGCCAGAUGCAAGCAAAAGUCAGGGAGUGAACUGACUUGUGAAGCAAAUGCUUGUACGCAGUCUUGUUUCAGGGAGGAGUGUCGACUAACGUGCCCUUUAGGUGGAGCCAACUGUACACAAGAGGCAUGGGAAAGUAGCGCAGAUAUGAAAUGUGACAGAAACGUAUGCGAGCAGCAAUGUUCCUUUGGUCAAUGUAACAUGAACUGUUCAUCAAGUGUAAUGCCAGCAGGACUUUGUCGACAGGUGUGCAAUUUUGGAACGUGUGGAUCUAUGACCUGCAAUGCAAAACAAUGUAUCCAGGUCUGCCAAGAUGCAAAUUGUGCUACGACUUGCCCGCGUGAAGCUAAAAAGUGUGCUCAGUUCGGAUAUGUACCGCUUCUUGGAAGGAUAACAAUGAAAUGUGAUGGAGUCGAGUGUCAGCAAAGUUGUUACAAUGGGGACUGUGACAUGAUCUGCCCUCAUGGAGUAUCAACUUGUACUCAGGAAACAUACGAUGGAAACAUGACACUCACAUGUGACGCAGAUGAGUGCCACCAAGUUUGUUACCGAGACAACUGUAUCAUGACCUGCUCUGAGAGAGUUAAACAAUGUGAUCAGUUCUGCUUUAAAGGAAAUUGUCAAUACAAAUGCUAUGCCAAAAUUUGUAAACAUUCUUGCUUAGCUGGUCCGUGUAAGGAAGGCAAUUCCCUUGUAUCUACUCUCCCUCCCGUUACAACUACAAGAACAAAGUUUAGUGGUGCUUCACUUCAAACAACAUCCUUUCUUUGGGGUGCUCUAAUCAUUACGUAUAAUUCACUCUUUGUUUAA